AUGUUGGUUCACGGCAACGGGACCAUUACGAAUGCGACUCUUAUCAGUGGUGGGAGUUCGUAUUCGUUGAACUAUACUUUGCCUGUCCAGCAGUGGACGGAUGUUAAUCUGGUCGCGAAUGGAAACAAAUCUUUGCUGACUGUCGGCAAUGGCAAGAAGACCAUGAUAAUGAAAUUUUUGGCAAAGAUUGGGGUGAAUGGGGAGUAUCAUGUGUGGGCGCCUAUCGGGGUAGAGGCGCCGUUGGCGAGGAUUGGGGAAGGGUACCUACGGUCGAUGCAGAACAUUGUGUUGAAGGGGACUGCCUUUAAGUGA